AGGCAGGGAUUCGGGGCGCGCGGGGCGCCACCGCCACAGGGGCGCAGGCCGUUCGGCCGUUCCUACUGCGGGGCUGGUCUGAGGUUUCUCCCCGCAGUUCUCGAGGUGGCGAUGGGCUCACUAAGCCGGCAGGUAGGCAGUGCCGUGGCGACGGCGGCAGGCGGUCCUGGAAUGUGCGAGGGGCGUGAUGACAGCGACUGCCGCCGGCCUCUUUGCGCAACACCCUCGCUGUAUAUAUACCGGGCGCUCAGCUGCGCUCCACCUGGGUGCCUCCUGCUGUCCCUUACCUGCGAAGGGAGCGCUGACCAUGGCUCCUUGGCCCGAGUUGGAAAAUGCCCACCCCAACCCCAAUAAAUUCAUUGAAGGGGCCUCAGGUCCACAGUCUAGCGUACCUGCCAAAGACAAGGAGACCAGCAAAACAAAUGACAGCGGGACUCCUGUAGCCAAGAUUGAACUUCUACCCUCCUAUUCCACCGUGGUUCUCAUAGAGGAGCACCCUGGGGGGACAGACCCCUGGGACCUGCCUGAACUCCAGGACACUGGGCUCAAAUGGUCAGAGAGAGACACCAAAGGGAAGAUUCUCUGCAUUUUCCAGGGGAUUGGGAAGUUCAUUCUCCUCCUGGGGUUUCUCUACUUGUUCGUGUGCUCCCUGGAUGUACUCAGCAGCGCCUUCCAGCUUGUUGGAGGAAAAAUGGCUGGCCAGUUCUUCAGCAACAACUCCAUCAUGUCUAAUCCUGUGGCUGGACUGGUGAUAGGAGUGCUAGUGACGGUCAUGGUUCAAAGUUCCAGCACGUCUUCGUCCAUCAUUGUCAGCAUGGUUGCUUCCUCACUGUUGACGGUUCGGGCUGCCAUCCCCAUCAUCAUGGGCGCUAACAUCGGAACCUCCAUCACCAACACGAUUGUGGCGCUUAUGCAGGCAGGAGACAGAAAUGAGUUCAGAAGGGCAUUUGCAGGCGCCACUGUCCAUGACUUCUUCAACUGGCUCUCCGUGUUGGUGCUCUUGCCUCUGGAGGCUGCCACCCAUUACCUGGAGCUCCUGACCAACCUCGUGUUGGAUACCAUCACGUUCCAGAAUGGAGAAGAUGCCCCAGACAUUCUGAAAGUCAUCACAGACCCUUUCACAAAGCUCAUCAUCCAGCUGGAUAAAAAGGUCAUCCAACAAAUCGCAAUGGGUGACUCAGCAGCCCAGAACAAGAGCCUGAUCAAGAUCUGGUGUAAAAGUAUAAGCAAUGUGACUGAGAUGAAUGUCACCGUCCCCUCGCCUGAUAACUGCACCUCUCCUUCAUAUUGCUGGACCGAUGGCAUACAGACCUGGACCAUCCAGAAUGUGACCCAUAAGGAGAACAUUGCUAAAUGUCAGCACAUCUUCGUGAAUUUCAAUCUCCCAGACCUUGCUGUGGGCAUCAUCCUGCUUAUCGUCUCCCUGGUGAUCCUCUGUGGCUGUCUGAUCAUGAUAGUCAAGCUGUUGGGUUCUGUGCUCAGGGGGCAGGUCGCCACUGUCAUCAAGAAGACCCUGAAUACCGACUUCCCCUUUCCCUUUGCCUGGUUGACCGGCUACCUGGCCAUCCUUGUGGGGGCAGGCAUGACCUUCAUCGUGCAAAGCAGCUCUGUGUUCACUUCUGCCAUGACGCCACUCAUCGGUAUUGGGGUGAUCAGCAUCGAAAGGGCAUAUCCACUCACACUGGGCUCCAACAUUGGCACCACUACCACUGCCAUUCUGGCUGCCUUGGCCAGCCCAGGCAGCACCUUGAGGAGUUCCCUCCAGAUUGCCCUGUGCCAUUUCUUCUUCAACAUCUCUGGAAUAUUGCUGUGGUACCCAAUUCCAUUCACCCGCCUGCCCAUCCGUCUGGCUAAAGGCUUGGGCAACAUCUCUGCCAAGUAUCGCUGGUUCGCAGUCUUCUACCUCAUCUUCUUCUUCUUCCUGACCCCACUGACAGUGUUCGGCCUGUCCCUGGCAGGCUGGCCAGUGCUGGUGGGCGUGGGUGUCCCCAUCAUUCUGCUGGUGCUCCUGGUCCUGUGCCUCCGGAUGCUGCAAUCCCGCUGCCCCCGCAUCCUGCCCCUGAAGCUCCGGGACUGGAAUUUCCUACCCUCGUGGAUGCACUCUCUGAAACCCUGGGACAAUGUCAUCUCCCUGGCCACCUCCUGCUUCCAGAGGCGUUGUUGCUGCUGUUGCCGAGUGUGCUGCCGUGUCUGCUGCAUGAUAUGUGGCUGCAAGUGCUGCCGCUGCAGCAAGUGCUGCAGAGACCUGGCAGAGGAAGAGGAGAAAGAGCAGGAUAUCCCAGUCAAGGCUUCUGGGGCCUAUGACAAUGCAGCUAUGAACAAAGAGUGCCAAGAUGAAGGCAAGGGCCAAGUGGAAGUUCUGAGCAUGAAGGCCCUGUCCAACACUACAGUGUUCUAGGGGCACCUAGGAGUCAGGGGUGAGGAGGGCCUAAGUCCCAUGGAUCCACCCCUCCCAUAGGUGUCUCCUGCCACCUUACUAGGAUUCCCGAUGAAGAACAGUUACAUCAACUCUAGCUCUCCUUCUACCAGAGUUUCAGUCCACAGGUGAAUUGAACUUAGCUUGUCCCCUGCUUCUCAAGUGCCUCCCUCUCAGAUGACAGUACAGAGAUUAAGACUGAUCCGUAGCCCCACCUCUGGCCUAUAAUGUUUUCCAAGUCACCCAAAGGCCAAGUGUUAAGGGAGGCAUUAGGGAAGAUUCUGGAAAGACCCAAUGUAAAGAGUAUUUGUAAAUAUAUGUACAAAGCAGUCAUUUCUUGGUAUAAAACCUCACCCGCAUCUCUCAUUUUUUUAAAUCAAAAGUCCACUCCUCCUCCUCCUCCCUGCUCCAGAGCAACCGAGCUAAACGCACUGAACUAAUGGCUUGGAGCCCAUAGGUGUGAGCCUCUAGCUCCCAUUGCAGGACAUGUUCUCUAUCGAGGCUUCAUCUGGCAUGCUCAGGCCAAGUAGUUGACCAGUGUCCUCACCUUCAUCUUCCUAGGAUGGAGUGACAUGGUUGGGGUUCAUGACAUGUUUGUCUCAUAUUGGGUUUCUAUGCCUAGGGCUCUGGACUGAUCUAGAAUAGGAGGCAUUGUGGCUACAGACUAGUGGUCCUCUCUUGGUCAGAGUAAUAUUCCUGGUGAAACCUGUAAGACCUGUGUCCCAACGCCGCCCCCCAUUGCUACCACCUGGGAUCAUCUGCCUGGGAAGGGUCUGUUUACCUUGUUUUAUGCAAGGAGACUUCGAGGCCAACUUGCAGUGGUCUGCUUCACCCACCCACUCACCCUCUUGCUCAUGAAACUUGUUCCCAUCUUCCAUAGAUGAGCAUCAUGGUCCUGCCCCCGUCCAUGCCUACAAAGCUCCAAGGGAAUUCUCAGGAGAGUGGAGAAAGAUGGGAAAUGGCUAAAUGCUCUUAGAGUCAAGAUGAAGCUAGUAGGGUAUGGAGUGACUGCAGGUCAAGGGUGGGGUCCUAUUCAUAUGGAAUACCCGUGCCUUUUAGAGCUCACAUGUAAUACCCAUGAUGGCUCUGCAACUAUCCCCACCCCCCCACCUCCCGUAAGAACAGCUUGACUUAGGCCAGACUGUGGUUCCACAGGACCAUGUCCUCUCCAUCCUCUCCCAUCAUGCUCUUGGCCAUAUGAAGAGGCAGAGAUGCCAAACUGAGCCCCUCUGUAGAUAAAAGUCCCCAAAGAGCCAUUUAUGUGGCAUAUUUAUAGCUAUGCAUCUGUACAGAAUACUUCAUAACUUAUAUAGUAAAUAGUGAUUUGUUUUAUAGUGUCUCAUUUGGAAAUGAGGCAGGAUUCUUUUAUGUACUGUGAAGAGAAAGAGCACCUGUGUAUAUUUUGUAAUACUGCCUUUAAACACGACUCUCUGAGGCCACGCUGCACCUCCCUGUAAAUAUGUAAGUUACACCCUAGGAGCUGGCUUUGCCCUCUGUUGAUUACAUUUAAAAAAAAUAAAAUGGGAUCCUUGUUCCUG